AUGACUUCCUCUUCUCCUUUCCAGCAUCGUUCGGCACUCAACCUUCUUUCCUCUCACACUUCCUCCACCGUGAGCGUCUCGUCCACCACUAUUCACGUUAGUUCAACCUUCCUCCGUCUCAAUCGGAUAACUCUGUCCUACAAAGAGAAUAACACUACACCUCCUCUACUACCAUUGAUUACCACCGUAAACCUCAAUGCCACAAACGGGUCUCUUCGAGCGUUCACUUUGAAUCAAUAUUAUGUCGGUACAAUGGCUUCAAUUAAAGCUCCAAGCUUUCUCAAGUUUCACAAUGUCUUUAGUUAUAGCUUUUGUCUUCAUCAGCUAAAUCAGUCAAUAUCUCUGGAUAUAUUCAUAUGCUUUGCAACUCAAGCAACAGCCUGUCAUCCAGAGACAUCAGCUGGUACUCACAAUCAGGAGAAGGAAAGCUAG